AAAUAGAUACCUGACAAUUUUAACGCUAUGAAUUUUAAAUCCUUCACAUCUCGCAAAGUUGAUUGGUUUGAGUAAAACUUUCAACCAAAUCAUUUUUUAUAAUCAUGAUGAUCCCAAGAGUAGUUGUAUACUUGUAUGGUACUAACAUGUAUGGUAUAACAUAAUAAGCUUGGAAGGGUGUUUUAUGGUACUAACACAAAAUUUUAUUAGAACAUCUAUGGAUUCAUCGACAAGGGCAGCAGCAGAGAAGCAGGCUCAUGUAGUUUGCAUACCAGCCCCUUCUCAAAGCCACAUUAAGGGAAUGUUGAAAAUGGCCAGGAUCCUUCACAGCAAAGGCAUUUUUAUUACGUUUGUGAAUACGGAGUUCAAUCACAAACGCUUUCUCAAAUCAGGAGGCCUUCAAUCUCUAGGAGACGUGGCUAGUUUUAGAUUCGAAACCAUCCCUGAUGGCCUUCCUCCAUCUGAUGCUGACAAAACCCAAGAUAUACCUCAACUUUUGGUAUCCAUCUUUGAGAAAAGAAUGCUGCCUCCAUUUCAGAAUCUCCUCGCGGAGCUUAAUGCUGGAACGUAUCAGGUCACUUCUAUACUCUCUGAUGGUUUUAUGCCUUUCACGGCUGAUGCUGCACAUUCACUUGGAAUUCCUAUUGUUUUGCUUUGGACAAUUUCUGCUUGUGCAUUUAUGGGAUUUUAUCAGUUCAAAAAUGUGCUUGAAAGAGGUCUCGUACCACUUAAAGAUGAGAGCUAUCUAACAAAUGGUUAUCUGGACACCAUAAUAGACUGGAUCCCAGGCAUGCCAGAUAUUCGUCUGGGGGAUCUUCCAAGCCAUGUUAGAAUAAUGGAUCCAGUUGAUACCCUAUUCCACUAUUUUGUCGAAUGUACUCAGAGAGCGGCUGAUUGCACAGCAUUUGUACUUCAAACCUUCGAUGAUUUGGAACAAGAACUUGUCAAUGUCAUCUCAUCUAUGUUUAGAACCGUAUUUACAAUAGGCCCUCAACAGUUGCUCGUUGACCAAAUACCAUUAGACCGUAAAGAGGGUCUGAAGAGCAUUGGAUAUAGUCUCUGGGAAGAGGAUAAAACAUGCCUACAGUGGCUGGAUUCCAAAGAAGCAGACUCUGUUGUUUAUGUGAACUUUGGAAGUAUAACAGUCAUGUCUGCAGAGCAACUGCUGGAGUUCGGUUGGGGGCUAGCUAAUAGCAACUGCUGCUUCUUAUGGAUAAUUAGGCCAGAUUUGAUCAUGGGUGAAUCCGCAGUUACUUUAGGAGUUGAAUUUAUGGAUGCAGUCAAGAAUAGGGGCCUCAUUUCAAGCUGGUGUCCACAAGAGGAUGUUCUCAACCACGUAUCGGUAGGAGGGUUCUUGACACAUGGAGGGUGGAACUCAAUCAUAGAGAGCAUAAUAGCCGGAGUGCCAAUGCUCUGCUGGCCUUUCUUUGGAGAUCAAACGAUAAACUGCAAGUUCAUGUCUGAUGAAUGGGGUUGCGGAUUGGAGAUUCCUAAUAACGUCAAGCGAGAUGAUGUGGAGAAGCUUGUUAGACUAUUAAUGGAUGGAGCAGAGGGUAAGAAAAUGAGAAACAAGGCAACAGAAUGGAAGAAUUUGGCAAAGAAGGCUUGUGCGCCAGAUGGCUCAUCUUCCCUUAAUUUGGACAAACUUGUUCUUCUUUUGAAGAACUAGAAUAUCUGAAAGAUGUUUAUAAAUUCUAGGUUUAAAUUUCCUGCAAACUUGUUAUGCUUAUCGAAUAAACAGGAGUCACCUCCUCUAUCCUUGUAUGUUUACUCUGCUAAUAAUGUUCAUUAGUGUAUUUAAGGAUUGUUGCUGAAAAAAAUGUA